GCGCCGGAGGCGAACAGGAGCGAGAGAAGCAGCGUGGGCAGCCUGCGACGGAAUUUCCCGCUUCCUGGGCUGUGGGGACGCGGCCGGGAUGGCGACGGGGCUCGGGCGGUGCCUGCUGGCUUCCCUCUCGCUGUUAGUGCUGCUGCCACCGCCUGGCGCUUCGGGCUUCGCUACCGCCCUCGACAGCGACUUCACUUUCACGCUGCCCGCCGGCCGCAAGGAGUGCUUCUUCCAGCCCAUGCAGAAAGAGGCCUCGCUGGAGAUCGAGUAUCAGGUUCUAGAUGGAGCAGGUUUAGAUGUGGAUUUUCAUCUGAUAUCACCAAAACAUGAAACCCUUGUUUUUGAACAGAGAAAAUCAGAUGGAGUCCACACAGUGGAGACAGAGGAUGGUGAUUACAUGUUCUGCUUUGACAAUACAUUCAGCACUUUGUCAGAGAAGGUGAUUUUCUUUGAACUGAUCUUAGAUAACAUGGGAGAUGAAGAACAAGAAGACUGGAAGAACUAUAUAACUGGUACAGAUCUUCUGGAUAUGAAGUUAGAAGAUAUUCUGGAAUCUGUCAACAGUGUGAAGUCUAGACUAAGCAAAAGCAUCCACAUCCAGGCCUUCCUCAAAGCAUUUGAAGCUCGUGAUAGAAACAUACAAGAAAGCAACUUUGACAGGGUAAACUUUUGGUCCAUGGUCAAUCUGGCUGUAAUGGUUGUGGUGUCAGCUGUUCAGGUUUACAUGUUGAAGAGUCUUUUUGAAGAUAAAAGGAAAAAUAGAACUUAAUACCCUAGAGUCAUAAGAGCAACAAACAAGGGAAAACGCAAUACACUGCUACUGAAAAGGAGAUGGAUGAUACUUCCCAGCUUGUUUUGAAUAGUUAUUCACAUGUGACUUUUUAAUGUGAGCAGAAUGCCUUUCUUUGCUCCAAAAAAUUGCAGUCAGACAGUUUUUAGACUUGGUGCAUAACUUAAUGCUUGUCUGAAUCUCCUAGGUCAUCGAUCUUGCACAAAAUACUAGAGCAAACUCAGAUUUUUAAUAUUUGCCGUAUUUGUAUAUACAUGUCUUAACCACUGUUAGCCUAAAUGUAAGAUUUUUAUGAAGACAGCAAAGAACCAUAUAUUUAUGAACUAAAGAUCUGUAGUCAGUAUUUCAUCUUAUCCAACUUGGAGAUUUUGGUUAACAGGAGGAUUUGCCCUGGGCAAGCUAUUAUGUUAUUUAGUCAACUGGUUUUACUGGGUAUAAGACAACACUGUUGUUACUUAUUUGUACCAAGAAAGUGAUUCAACAAAUGAACUAGCAUCUAAAAUUCUUGCUUCUGGACUGUCUGUUAUUUUGUGAAUGAAGUAUUCUCUUGAUAUCAGUAUGUUAAAAAACAUAACAAGGUCAAGGGUCUAAGCCCUAUAAAGCAGAAUUUUUACUGGUACAACAGUAUCAGCUACUAUUUUCCAAACUAGGGAGCUAAUAUACCAAAUCUGAAUCAGGAUAUUAUUAUUAUUAUUGCAGUUGAUCAUUUAUUGAAAACUGCAAAAAUACAGGCUCAAGGUUGUAUGUUUGAUCAGGCACCAUCUUCAGUUAUGUACUGAAAACAAAAUUUUACCCUGGCUUAUUUAUGUAACCUCUUAACUUUGCAAGUGCCUGGAUCAUGGGGACAGUUGUGUUUACACUUUGUCAGUGGACUUUUAUUAUUAGCAAUUUAGUCUGUUGGCUUUCUUGAAUCUUCAUUAGUAAAAUGUCAUACAAAUUAAUAGAUAAUUUAAGUUGUUAUAUGCAUCUGUGUGCUUUAAACUAGCUUUAAGGCCACAGUGCCAUCCCAUCACUAUACCGCAAGGCAUAGCAUUUGGAAGUAUAGUUAUCUGAGCAUGGUGAGAAUUUGGAUAAUACUCCAGAGAGAGAGCUGCAGUUCUCUGGGUUGGUAGUGGGGAAGAAAAUGCAGCAUGUAGUCCUGUUACAUUUCUGUCCAUGAAAAUGAGUCAUUGCAAAUAAAACUAUCAUUGAAAUAUGAGCUUUAAUAUUGUAUGGUGGAAGUAUACCUACUUUCUUGACCUUAGACAUGUGUGCAUGUGAUGUAAGUCUGCAUUUUUAAUAUUUGUUUGCAAUACUGUGUUGACACAAGCACACCAAGUAGCUGAACUUAUGACUUCUUGCUAAAGGGUUUAUAAUGACUUCUAGAGUAAGAUUUUACUUGAACCCUUAGCUUGACCUCUAACUUACUGAUUUUUAAAACAUACUUCACAAUGCUAGUUUGUUUUCCUUAUGAUUACUCUAAACCUAAAACGGGUAUUUUGUGUGAAAAACACAAGCUAGAAUUGUUCUUAAAUUUGACUUUAAAACAGCACAAAGAAAUGAACAGCGUGAUCCUCAGAAUGCUUACUUAGAAGCAAGUCCUAUGAAUCUCAAUGGGACUUAUACUCUAGUAAGAAUGCUGAGGCUUGCAGCAUCCCAACUUUGAUUAAAGAAGUGAAUCAUUAUUCACCAAAAACCUAUACAUGUUGUUCCCUUGGGGAUGAGCUAGUGCACACACCCUCUAUGCUUGGUUUGAAUUCUGCGAGUAAACUCUGAUUGUUUAAUCCUGGAUAUGUCCCAAACCAAUUCCUGAAUGUGUAGGUGUUUAAUCGUUAUUUAGUAUAAUUGUUAUACCAUGCUGCUUCUAUUAUGAAAAUCCUUUGUUUGAAGCUCUUCAUAAUUAACAUUUUAAUUGGAGGUGCUGAGAUGGCCUACAGACCCUCAUUCAAUUUCUAGUGGACUGAAUAGCCCAUAACAGUGUGGGAGGAAAGGGUGCAGAAAUCUCUUCCAUUAGCAAUAUGCAAUUUAAUUUAACUUAAG